UCUAAUCAUUUCUUGAUUUUGCCAUACUUUGCCACAUAUUUUUGCAGGAAAUGAGGCUGUUAUUUCUAGGAAAGUGCAAAAUCUAGAUUUGACCAAAUGUGGGGUGUUCAAGCCAUGUUAAUACCAAUGGAAGAUCAAUAUAUGAAAAUUGUGGAAGAGGAAUUCGAGCUGGCCAAAAGAAGGAUAGAUGCCAGAAUGAUGGGCUGUUCGAAAGAUGCGAGCACGAUGAAGCUGGAGUUUAGGAACAGGAUUGCUCGAAUGAUCUUGACCGGAGAGGAGAUCAAAGGAGAAGGAUAUGUUCCUAUUGAGGUGGCUCUUGUUGAUGAUGUGACAAGAGAUGUUGUAGUUGAUGAACUGGAGGCCUCUGCGAAUAUCGACUUCUAUCUUCUCAAUGUUUGUGAAGCUGGAGAAUCGAUAGUCCCUCAAGAGGAAGGUAAAAAGCCUAUUCUUGCAGCAGGAAAUGUACCUCUGCAGCUGCACAGAGGCGUUGCUAAAAUCAACAACCUUAAGAUCAGAAACUGCGCCACCAAGAUUAAGCCACCGGUGUUCAAGCUAGGCGCUAGGGUUGUUGGUGCUUCUGUUCGAGUCAAGGAAGCCACGACAGAUGCCUUCGCCCUCAAAGAUUUUCGCCAAAAAUAUUUCAAGAAGCACAGGAAUCCAUCUCUAUCUGAUCAAGUGUCGCGAUUGGUGUUCAUUCGCAGAGGUGGUAAGAUCAACGAACGUCUUCAAGACAAUAACAUCUACACCGUGGAGGAUUUUCUGAUUCGACUUCUCAUAGAUCCUCAAAGCCUCAAGAGUAUUGUGAAGACCCAAGCCAAGAAGUGGAAGGCAAUUGUCAACAAUGCUCAAGUGAUGGGGUACGUACUAAACAAGCCCAAUAGCAGUGACGGCCCAUCAGCCCAAAGCCCAAGGAAGAGUAUCAGUUCGGUUGAUGCUGAGAAACUGUUAGCCUCAGCUUACCAAAACUGGAACGAGGUGAAGGCCUUGGAUGUCCAGAAUUCUGUCCAACAGCAUUUACAUGAGUUAACUGAAAUGGUGGGUGGAUCGACCUCAGCAAUGAACUCGUGCGGGGAAGAUGUUGUUGGAUCCAUGGAUGAUGAAAUAGACGCUGUAUAUGAUGCUGCGAUGCAAAGCCCUCACGACUGGCCUUGGAGUCUUUGA